AUGGCUGGUAAGCAGCUAACAUCGAUGCCAGUAAAUUACUGUACUAGUCGCUCGAUGAUGGAAUUAUCUCCAGGCAAGCUAAUUGAACAUGAUUGGUAUGAGAGUAAUCAAGGCAGAGAAUUUUUCAAUUGUUUACUCAGAAAGCAGAAGCGAAGACAAUUUGGUGUACUCGAAAGACCAACAUUUCCUUUAGGGAUGUCAUCGGAAAUACAGUCUUAUAAAUUAUUCUUAUAUGGGAAGGCUGGCGUAGGCAAGACCAGCUUAAUUUGCAAGUUAUGUGGUUUAGAUAUUCCUCAAAUACACCAUGAAACUCCAGGCUUACAAACAUCUACUAUUUAUUGGCCGGCUAAGCUUGUCAACAGUAACGAAGUGAUUACAUUUAAAUUUAUUUUGUACGACGUUGGAGAAUUUGCAUUAAAGAAAUACAAUCAUUUUCUUCCAGCUUGCAUAGAAAAAGUAGAUGCUGUUAUCUUUACCUUCUCGUUCGUUGACAGGGCUAGCUUUGAUGAUCUUACAAAUUCUGUUGAUAAUUUAGCCUUGCCAGAAAAGUCGACGCUAAAAAUUGUUGUUGGGACUAAAUAUCCGAUCUUAACAUCUAGAUCUUAA